AACACCAGAGAAGAAGAAGGCUGGCUUCCGUCAGUAGUCCACAGCUCAGCACUGACGUAGACGUGUAUUAAUAUUUCGUGUGUGCAGUGUUCAUACGUGUUUUCAGCGCAGCCAUGGACAUAGCGCUGUAUGUGGCGGCUGCUGCCGUGCUCCUCGUGCUCAUCGUGUUCGCGGUGAAGUUACGGGGCAAGACUCAGGAAGCUGAUGCGGAGCAGCAGAGAGAUGUUGUCCGGGCUGCGGGGCCCCCUCAGCGGGCAGCAGAGGAGCGAGGAGCCGGUAUGCCCCGCAGGAGGAGGAUGGCUGCGGCGAUGGCCAACAGGCGACCACAGAGAGAAGCUGUGGAACCUGGUAAACACUGAAACAAGUACUCAGCCACACUGUCUUUACACGUUUCAAGUUUAGAGUAAAAUAACAAACAGAUUUAAGAUGAAUAUUAAAGCUGCAAGCAGCGAUGGUCGGGCCCUCGCAGA